AUGGUUAACGUGGUGGACAACAAGGCGUUGGACAAAAUGGCCGAAGGAGUGGGCAAAAUGGACGCCACCUUCAAGGACACGAACUCAAUGAUAGCCCAGAUAAUGAGAAUGGCGAGUUCUCCAUUCAUGGACGUUAAUUCCUCCACUUCCACAAUCCAGAAUCUAAUAGAAGAUCUUUGCCCGUUGCCCCGACUGCACUUCAUUUCGACUGGUGAGUUUUUUUUUUUUUUUUUUGGUUUGGGGGGGGGGAUGUGGGAACGUAUGGUUGGGUAUGGUGGAAGUUGGGACAAGGUAAAGCAACGGGUACUCUAAAGUGGAGUAAGGAAGGGAAGGUAAUGUAAGGGAGGACACGGUAGGGUGUGGUAGAUUAGGGUACGACAUGGUGUGAUUGGACAGAGUAAAGUAAGGGGUAGAACACUGUAGGGUAGGAUAGGGUAAGGCAAGAUACAGUAAUUUAUAAUAGGGUUAGGAUAGGGUAAGACAAAAUAAGGUAAGGUGGGAUACGGUAGAGAAUUUUUUAAAUUUGAAAAAUAUUAUGUUUCAACUUUUCAGCCUGUUUCCCCUGUAACCUACCUGGUAGGCCGAUCAUAGCCCCGAAGACAACAGCUACGGAUACGUUGAGGCGAGUUCUACAGCCGAAAUCACUGAUGAUAUCAACAACAGACGAACUCAUUGGAAAAAUUGUAGCUGGAAUUGUUGUAUUUGAAGGCUCGAGAGAUGAUAUCGAUGUUAUCAGGAUUGGCAAAGAUGCGGCGCUAAAGUACCAAAAUCUGUGUGUUUUUUUAAAAUUUGUUUUUAAAAAUUUUUGACCGUGCCUAAAAAAUCAAUACUUACCUAUAAAAACUGAAUCAUUUUCGUUGAUGACAUGCACAUACGAACCGACUUUCCACCGACAAACUGUUUGUCUUUUAUCUGUUUCACUAUUAAUGAUAACUAGUCUGUUGGCUUUAGUGCAUACUGCAAUAUAUUUCGAAGUGUCGUACAUGUUGAGAUAGUCUACAAGCCCAUUGUGAUACGAUGAAUCAGUUUUAAAUUCUUUGUUACUGUACAAGUCAAAAAUGGUGUUUUUAGACGAAAAUUGAAAAAUGCUCAUUGUUGUUAGCCCUGGUGAAUCAUAACACUUUUUUCAAUUCCAUGCGUUGUAGAUCGUAUACUACCAAAUGAGAUGGAGUAUAUACUAACAAGUCUUUUCCACGAUUAAUAAUCUUAGCAUAGUCUACCUUCUCUCCGUAACUGGUAAAGUCGAGCAAUGUGAACUUUUUAAGACCAAAGUCAAUGUUUGUUAGUAUUACAUAUGCUGUGUUUAGCUUUAUGGCUAUUUUUCCCGUAAAGGAACAACAAAUUGUGUGUCUCCGCCAAAAGGUAGAUAGAUGA